UCCUUGAUCACCGCUAUAAUAGUCAGACUGGGUGAAGAAGAUUCGAGUUUCCCGUUAAUGGAUUUUGCGGGUUUUUUCCACGUUAACGUAAGACGCCACAAUAGUUCUAGUAGGUCACUGGAGCAUCCAUACUGGUCACGGGUGUUUUACACGUGUGGGGCGUGGCUCCAAACUGCUGCCUCGUAGGAGGAGGCGGAGGACGAGCAUCACAGCAUAAAUUGGAGUCGUAGCCGACAAUCCGGCUGUGCAGGUUUAUUUUACAACCUCAUCACUAAACUGCCGGAAACGAAAACACAUCUUCUGUGUUUUUUUUUCUUCCUCUUUUUAUUUUUCCCCGUCUGCCGGCGUGAGAUGGCACUUUAAGUUUCCCGUCGUGAUCGUGAUGCCGGGACUUUCCUUCUCGGCUUUUCUAGACCAAAGGACUGCAACAGUCUGACUGCAAGUGGAUUACGACAAACCAAAGCUAUCAGUUCAUCCCUUUGUCUAUUAAUUCAAUUUUUAAUCAUCACAACAUUCCCUAGCCGUGAGCUUUAAAAACAGUUCAAAAAUGGCUAUUGGGAUGGAAACGGCGGACAUAGCAGUGGUAGCCCUAUACUUUGUCCUGGUGAUGUUCAUCGGGCUUUUUGCCAUGUGGAAGGCCAAUCACAGCACUGUCAGUGGCUACUUCCUGGCGGGACGCUCCAUGACAUGGGCAGUGAUAGGUGCAUCCCUCUUCGUCAGUAACAUAGGCAGUGAACAUUUCAUCGGUCUGGCUGGAUCUGGAGCAGCUAGCGGCUUUGCUGUUGCAGCCUGGGAAUUCAACGCACUUUUACUACUGCAGCUGCUCGGCUGGGUGUUUAUCCCCGUCUACAUCCACUCAGGAGUCUUCACCAUGCCCGCGUACUUGUCUAAACGCUUUGGGGGCCACAGGCUGAAAGUUUAUUUUGCUUGUUUGUCUGUGCUUCUUUAUAUUUUUACUAAGUUGUCUGUGGAUUUGUAUGCUGGAGCUCUAUUUAUCCAGGAGUCCGUGGGGUGGAACCUGUAUGUGUCUAUCUUUCUCCUCAUUGGGAUGACUGCUCUGCUCACUGUCACCGGCGGGUUGGUGGCAGUGCUGUACACAGACGCCCUUCAGGCAGUGCUGAUGAUAGGAGGAGCCCUAACCCUAACCACCAUCAGUCUGAUCAAAGUUGGCGGACUAGAAGGAGUCAGAACUAAGUACAUGCAAGCAAUUCCUAAUGUCACUGCCAUAACAGCUGCAGGAAACUACACAUACUCGCCUUCCUGUCGCAUUCAUCCCAAACCAGACUCACUACGCAUCCUUCGUGGCCCCCUGGAUGAAGACAUUCCAUGGCCAGGCUUCCUUCUUGGUCAGACUCCUGCUUCCAUUUGGUACUGGUGUGCGGAUCAAGUCAUUGUUCAGAGAGUGCUGGCGGCAAAGAACAUUGCUCAUGCAAAGGGCGCAACACUCAUGGCGGGAUUCCUCAAGGUCCUGCCCGUGUUUUUGAUCGUCAUUCCAGGAAUGAUCUCCCGCAUCUUGUUUGCGGAUGAGAUUGCGUGCAUCGGGCCGGAGCACUGCAUGUCCGUGUGUGGGUCAGCAGCUGGCUGCUCAAACAUCGCCUACCCACGCCUGGUCAUGGCAGUGAUGCCCGUGGGACUCAGGGGUCUUAUGAUGGCAGUAAUGAUCGCAGCUCUGAUGAGCGACCUCGAUUCGAUCUUCAACAGCGCCAGCACCAUCUUCACGCUGGACAUUUAUCAGACCUUUCGUAAGAAAGCGUCCCAGCGGGAGUUGGUGAUCGUGGGCCGCACGUUUGUGGUGAUAAUGGUGAUGAUCAGCGUCGCCUGGGUCCCUGUUACCAUUGAGAUGCAGGGUGGACAGACCUAUCUCUACAUUCAAGAAGUUGCUGGCUACCUCACUCCACCCAUUGCUGCCCUUUUUCUGUUGGGAGUGUUCUGGAAAAGAUGUAAUGAGACGGGUGCCUUCUGGGGAGGCAUGACGGGUUUCACACUCGGCAGCAUUCGACUGAUUCUAGCUUUCGUCUACCGCCAGCCUCGCUGUGACCAGCCAGAUGACAGACCUUUCUUUAUCACCCACAUUCAUUACAUGUAUUUUGCUGCUGGGUUGUUCUGGAUUUCAGGACUGGUGGCAGUCGUAGUCAGCCUCCUCACUCCUCCACUCGAUGAUGAGCAGACUGUCACCACCACAAUCUGGGGGCUCCGCAAGAUGCAGAAGGUGCCAAUGAAGAAUCCAAGUGAAAUCUAUAAAUUAGCUGAGAAAAACCAUUGCAACGGCAUUCCAAGUCUCCAUAAGGAGAUGCCUGCAGAUGUCAAAAAUGACAGGUUUUUGGACGGAGCUGACAUCAAACUCCUAGUCCCGUCUACAGACCAUGACCCAGCCACCCCCAGCACAGAAACGUCACCUGCCACCACUCCCGCCGAACAUCUCGCCAACCAACAGAUGGGAACCAUCCGAGCAGAAGAAGGCCGUUUUGGACACAAAAAUCCAUUGAUGCGAUUACUGGACGGUUUUUGUGGAAAUAACAAAGAAGUUCAGAGCUUGCAGCAGCAGAAAGUGGGGCUGGAGGCCGAAAAAAACCACAUCAGAGAGAUGCUGUACGAGCCCCCUAUGGUCAAACUCAUCCUCAACGUGGGCUUGCUACUCGUCUGCUCUUUGGGCGUCUUCAUGUUUGUUUAUUUCUCGCUGUAGUUGAGCACUGCACUGAACUUAGGGAAGCAGCUUUGGAAGCUGUGAUGAAGGUGAAAGCCGCCUGUUAUGUUCUUGACUGUUACAGUUGAAAAUUGGAGAAAGUCCUUCUGUAAUAUUUACAGUUGUAGCUCUUAAACAAGAAUCAAAGUUUAUUCUCUUUAGAUGAGAGAAGCUAAUCUACAUGCUAAAAUUGUAUUUCUUUAAUCUGCUUUCAAAGUACUUCAUGUGAAUUUAAUUUUUACCUUAUUUACCUUUGACAGUUUUUUUUUGUAUUUAUAAAAAAAAAUCCAUUGAAGUUUUUUUUUCAAAUUAACGGUAAUCUUUUAGCUGUUUUUGAGCACGAUCCAAUUAUCUCUUCUUUAAAGAGCCGAAGAGAAAACGGCUAGUUUGAUAUUUCAUUUCUGUUUUACUGAAAACAAAAUAACCAGAUUUCAACUAGCCUUUUGAAUGUCAUACAUUUUUAACUUGUUAAUAUAAUUAACGGUUCGUCUUUUGUAUUGGUUUGCAGCUUACUAAAGACAAAUACGCACAAAAGGAGAACUAAUACUCUUUUUGAGAUUAAUGUAUUGUUUGGAAAAAGUGCAGGUGGUAUAUUUGGAUUGGGUGUUGACCAAAUCCCAGUCAUAUCUGGAGCUCCAGUGCUACUUUACAAAGUUUACUACUGUGUUUUCCUAUUAUUGCUGUUGGUUUUUAAUCAUUGUUGUGGCUGUAUUCUAGAGUUUUUAACCAAAAUACAGCUGUUUGUGCACUACUGUAUCCUAACAAAGAAAAGCUGCAAUUACCAAUGCUCUUGGUUUUGUGUCCAUGUCAGUUUUAUGUUUUUUAUUUUAUGUGUUUUUUCCUCUUCAUUCAAAAGUCUGUCCCGUUGGCUGUAUUAAGUUCAUGUUUUGAACGCAUUUCAGGUCGUUUCAUUCAAAGUUUGUGUUUGGUGUGUCAGUGUAUCGCUUGUCUUUGGUUCUUUGAAGUGCAUUUUCCUCCAACCAAAUGUGUCUUAGUGUGCAAUGCUAUUGAGAAAGAGAGACAAAAAAGAACACAAAAGUGAAGAUGUUUAUUGUUUCAAUUCUUUUAGUCAUUUAAAACAUUUGUUUUAAGCCAUAAAUUUGUUUAGACCUUUCUGUAAAAUGCGCAGUUUACUCAUGUUGAAGACUGUGUCCACAUUCCAACGCCUGCAGAAAACACAAGAGGAUGAAAAUAAAAUAAAAAAGGGUUGUGAUGGUAUUCAACUGAAUAUAAUUCAUCCGAAUGUUAGGGGUCCAUUGCCAUCUGUUGCGUAUAAAUGAUGCUCAACAUCAGAGAUGAUAGCUGUGAAGAGCUUUAAAAUGUUUUUAUAGAUUUUAUUUUUGGAGACUGAAAAUAAAGUUUUGUGGAGAAAAAAUGAA